ACUAUUGAACAUGUAAGUGGAUCUGAACAAUCAACUCAUACAUGUUUAUGGUUAGAUUGUUGUCGAAAUGGUCGAGCAUUUAAAGCAAAAUAUAAAUUAGUUAAUCAUAUACGUGUUCAUACCGGUGAAAAACCAUUUGCUUGUCCAUUUGCACGUUGUGGAAAAGUAUUUGCACGUUCAGAAAAUCUUAAAAUUCAUAAACGAACUCAUACAGGAGAACGACCAUUUCGAUGUCAAAUUUGUGAACGAUGUUUUGCAAAUAGUUCAGACAGAAAAAAACAUCAACAUGUACAUACAUCAGCUAAACCAUAUAAUUGUCGAAUAAAUGGUUGUGAUAAAACUUAUACACAUCCAUCAUCAUUACGUAAACAUAUGAAAAUACAUGAAUCAUCAUCUGAAUCUACGAAUGAAUCACGUACAAAACGAUUAAAUAAUCAACAACGUACUUGUUCACCACAAAUAAAUAAUUCUUUAACAACAGAUAGUUGUUCACAAUCACCAUCUUCAUAUGAAAAUCUAGCACCAAUAAAAAUUCAACCAUCUUAUAUGCAAACUAUGAAUGUUUAUCAUCAUCAUCAUCCAACGAAUUUUCCACAACAUUAUACUGAACUUAAUUUUUAA